UCUCGAGGUUUACCCCGUCGGGAAGAGUAGCAAUCAGGAAAUCCGCAAUUAAAAAGAGAAAUAAAAGAAAAUUUUGUUUAAAAAUGUCAGAGCACCAGGGCUCGUCGUUCGUCGAUUCGUGUGUGAAAGUGCCGGUAGACCCGUACAGUAGACAGCCGACACCUUCGUACGAGCGUCCGAGACUCGACAGAAUUCAAAAACAAGGAUCGAGCGUUAAGGGGCGGAAAAUAAACUUCGCAGGCCGAAACGCUUCGGCGGAGAAAGAUUCGAGUCCCGGCGGCUCGCUGGAAAAUCUUCUCGAAUUUCUCGACAGCAUUCCCGACUACGACGAAAUUCACCAUUUGUCGAAUGAACAGUUCAAACGCAAACUCGACUAUUUGAAACGAAAGCAAAGACUGCUGUUGAAAAAUUUGCGCAAUUGCUUGGACGAGGCUGAGACGUUGAACGGAAAUAAAAAUGUUGCCGUUGAUCUCCGGCCCGCCAACAGGACCCAACUCGAUUCCAAUAAAACGAACGUUAAACACCGGCUUCCCGAGGCCGAUUUGAAACUCAGUGGGAAAAAGUGCAGCCUCGAGGACUCCAGAGUCGACAGCCCUCUUCUAUUCUCGACUGGCACUUUUGCCGGACUCGCCCAAGACCAGGAUCUCUUGACUUAUCGGUGCAAGGACAAGGAGAAGGCGAUGAAAACGAUGCGAAACAGGGAAAUACACUCGGCUGGAAAGAGCUGGAGCACGUGGAGCGAUUCGAAAACUGAGAGCGUCGAGAGCGGCUCUGAAAGUAGCGCGGAGACGCGCAGUUUACCGCCGAACAGUCCGAAAAGGUGGCAUCCCACGGUCCCAAAGCCCUUCCGAUUUGCCGUCAGGGACGAAGCAGAAAAAUACAUGUCGGUGACAGAGAUGGAGGCCGAAGGACGCUCGUUGCGCGACGUUGACAAGAGUAAAUGUUCGUACCCGAAGAAACGGAGAUUCAGGCCGAUUCCACUUACCUCCAGGAUACCAUUGUACGAUAAGCUGAUGGCUGCGAAGGAAGAACGAAGUCGAAUGAUCCGUGAGGAAAGUGCUUGGAGUUUAAUGGCCCAGGUUAAACCCUUCAGACUCGAAUGCGAGCGCAGAGCUGGCAAAGCGAUAAGUCGAUCGAGUCCUGAGCUUUGCUCGAGAAGCGCGCGUUCGACGUCGAGAUUCAGAGCGAAACCGGUGCCGAAAAAUCUCUUUGGCACCCAAGUCUACGAUCGCAUGUUGGAGGAUGAGUAUUAUCGACAAUUGCAGAAAAAGGUGAGAGCCGCCGAGUUGCUGAAAUCGGCGUCGCUGCCGCCGUCGAUGGCUCGUCGGGAACGCGUCAAAUCGACGAUUCUCCAAUCGCCAAAUUACGUGGACGAGAAGGAGGGCGAUGAUGGGGGCGAUAACAUAGAAAUUUGCAGCGCAACUCCCGUAACGUCCGAAAGAUCGAGAUCCGCGAUGACGGAACUCUCCUCACGGGGAAACAAUCUUGCGGCCAUUCUGCGCUGCCAGGCGUCUCGUGACAAACUGGAGAGAGAAAUCCGUGCUAAAAUGGAGGAGGAACAUCGAGAACGCAUGAUGAAGCUCAGAUCGGAUUUGAUCGGGCGCAAACCCGCCUGGAGGGCACUGAGACAAGCCGCAAGGUACGAGGAAACGCAGGAGCACGAGAGAGACUUGGAUUUUCGGACGUGUUUGCGCCGGGACGAGGCUCGAGAGCAAGCGGAGCGUCAUCGCCUCGAGAUGGAAAUGAUGCUGCGUCGCGUUACGGAUAUACCGACGCUGUUCGAGCGACACUCCCAGAGUUACCAGGCCGUCAGGCAGCUGCAAACGAGGCAAUCCCCGAAGUGCGUUUACAAGCUCAAGAAAAAGAAGAGGAUAGCAAAGCGUCAGAAUUCGAGCAGUCUGGAAUCGGACGCCAGUCCGAUGAGCGCCUCGAGGCCCGAUUCGGGAUCCCUGACGAGCAGCUCCGGUGCUCGCGCCUCAGCGAGCCGCUCUUCCAAGUCAUCGAGUUCCCAAAAAUCCGAAAGAUCCACUCACAAAUCGGACCUCUCUAGUGCUAAUAAAAAGAAAAGCGAUCGCGGUACAUUGAGAGUUUCGAUCAACGAAACAGCCGAGUUAAUCGAAGAUCGUCGAACCGAAAAGGAGGGACACGCUCUCGACAAUAACGACUGCAUUAUCCACGAUGGAAAUAGCUGAAGUGAAAAA